UAGUUUUGCAUGGACCUUUUUUACUUUGUCCUGUAAUCUUUUGCUGUCUCAGAAUUCUCGUCAUCCAAAAAUAGACGUAGUAGUAUAGUUAUGUCGAAGAAUUACAUAAAAGUGCUUUUGGAACCUUUUCGUGAGAGUAAAGUGUUGGGUUCACUACUGAAAUGGUUGGAGCCGCUCGCCAACAGUGGUUCUGGGGCUCAUGGGGUCGGAAAAGAUGAGGCGCCAUUGACCCGGAGCGGGGCUGCCAACUACAGCUCUGGCGUCCGCAAGGUGACGCUGAUCCCCGGCCAUGGGAUUGGGCCUGAGAUCACGGUGGCUGUGCAGAAAAUCUUCGAAGCCGCGAAAGUCCCCAUUGAAUGGGAUGAGGUCGACGUCACAGCUGUUCGGGGCCCAGAUGGCAAGAUGGGUAUCCCACAAAAGGCUAUUGACUCUGUGAAUGCCAACAAGAUCGGUCUUAAGGGUCCCUUGAUGACCCCGAUCGGUAAGGGAUACCGUUCCCUCAACUUGGCUCUGCGUAAGGAGUUUGAUCUAUACGCCAACGUCAGGCCUUGCAAGAGCAUGGAAGGCAUCAAAACCCUAUACGACGAUGUAGACGUGGUAACAAUCAGAGAGAACACGGAGGGUGAGUAUUCGGGCAUAGAGCACGAGAUUGUGGAUGGCGUGGUGCAGUCCAUCAAGCUGAUCACUGAGGAGGCGUCCAUGAGGGUAGCAGAGUUCGCCUUCGUCUUCGCCAAGGAGAAUAAGAGGAAGAAGGUCACGGCUGUGCAUAAAGCUAAUAUUAUGCGUAUGUCAGACGGUCUGUUCCUGAGGUGUUGCCGUGACGUGGCGAACAAGUACCCGGACAUCAAGUUCGAGGAGCGCUACCUGGACACAGUGUGCCUCAACAUGGUGCAGGAUCCCGCCAAGUUUGAUGUCUUGGUGAUGCCCAACUUGUACGGAGACAUCAUGUCGGACUUGUGUUCGGGUCUGGUCGGAGGCCUGGGCCUGACGCCGUCGGGUAACAUCGGCAAGAAUGGCGCCCUAUUCGAAUCCGUACACGGGACGGCUCCAACCAUCGCUGGCAAAGAUAUGGCCAACCCCACCGCAUUACUUCUGUCUGGAGUCAUGAUGUUACGAUACAUGAAACUACCUGAACAUGCUGAAAAGAUUGAGAAGGCCACCUUCAGGGUACUCCGGGAAGGCAAAGUCCUCACUCCGGACCUUGGAGGAAAGGGCACCUGUUCAGGCUACACCGCUGAGAUCAUCAAGUAUUUAGACAUGCCUGCUGACCAAGCUUCUGCAGACUCCAAAGAAGGUUCCUCAGGCCCCUGUUAAGAUGACAGGAAAUAGUGAGCGUCUGUACAAUCAUUAUUUUGUUAGAGACUAAAUACGAAUUGUAUUUGUAUUGUUCAACUACAUUCUGCUACUGACAGGUGAUAUCGCCAUUUCUCUAAUUUUUUCUUGCACUUUUUGAGAUUUUUUUCACAUUCCACACCUAUUUGUGGAAAGUAUUUUCUUUUACUUUUUUUUUUGUAUUUUUUCUUUGUUUUUUUUUUCAUCCAGUUGUAUGUAGUCUUCUAUCGAAAUUAUGAGUUUGCAGUGAUUAAGACCUUUUUGUUAAAAGAGGCGUUAGUUCAAUUAUUAGAUCAAAUUGUUGACCUACUUAGUAGUAAGCAGAGAUGGCUGACUGAGAUUCUAAGGUAUGCUAAAACAUCUCAGUCUGUGAUUUCACAACGGUGAAACUGCCAAAGAAGUAGUUAAACUUAAUUUAUUUCGCUAUUUAUACACAUUCCAUUUGUAGAACAUAGAUCUGCUUGUUGCGUUAGUUUUUCUUAUUUAUUGAAGAUUCGUGGUAUUGAAAUACAAGGAUGAUAAUUGAUAAGUAAUUAUUGAUACCCAAAGAUGUGAGAAGUUAUAUGAAUAUUGGAGAAGUCAAGAAACAUCUUUUCAAUUAAAUCAUUGGUUAGUUUCAUAUCCACCUGGAUGAUUAAAUAUUUUUUUGAGCCAUAACUUAUACACCGAGAUUUUGUUAACUAAUUUAAGUUACCAUUGCAGUUUUACAAGCAAAUAUACAAUAUACAGUAUUUUCCAAGUGUUGUACAUCAAUGCUGAAAUUCAAUACGUUUUUAGUCUUAUUUAUAUGGCAUUAGAACUUAAAAUAGUGUGAAGACAAUAUUAACAUUUAUUUUGGAGACAAUAGCAUUAGUGAUGUUUUAUGGCUGUUUAUUUUCAGUAUUUUAGUUGAAAUUAUGGAUAGGAUAUGACACGAGGUCGGAAUUAUAAUCGAUAAAAUUUACCGAUGUGUGAUGAACUUUGUUUAAUAUGUUUGGCAUUUUAAUUAUCAACAACAAGAGGUAUUAUUAAAUACUCAAGUUCAGUAUGACAACAUAGAUUUUACUAUUGAAUUUAUGACGGAAAAGGCAUCUCAAAUGAGAUUAAUGCUAAAGGUAGAAGACAAAUAAUUCAGGGAUUAGAGACUUUUGAAUGGAUUCGAAUGGACUAGAAGUCCCGACUUAAAGAUGGUCGGAAAGGAGGAUGUAGGUUUUAAUAAAUAAGGCGAUAAAAUGCAAGUUAAAAACCCAGUAAAUAGUUUUCUUAGAAUUUAAUGAACAUGAAGACAUUAGUUUUCGGUUUCAGUUCAAAUUGUUUUAUUUUGCUUUGAAGUCGGAUGUAAUCUGACAGUAAAAUUGUAACGGCUGUCGAGUUUAUUAAUGUACCUACAUGGAACUAUAGUGACAUUAUUGGAAAUGGAAUGAGAUUUUAAUAAUUUAAUUGCUAUAUUCUAUGUGUGCUUUCAAAUAACGGAGCUUUUUCAAAUCACUCUUGAGUUCUUUACACAAGCAUUUUAUAAGUUACUGACAGUAAUACUAAAUGCAUAAUGUGUAAACUAGCUCUUGAACCAAAAUACAUUCACUGCCUUAACUCUUAGAAAUAUGUAGGAUCUGUGCUUAAUCCAUAGAGUUUCUACCAUUCUAGAAGAUUAGCUGUUUGUAUUCUACAACCAAGUACACAAAACGCUGUGAAACCACGAUUGUAUUAUUUUAAGCCUAUAGUUUGGUAAAUUAUUAUGUAAAUAAGUAGCUGAAUAAAUGCAUUGAAGAAAUAAA